CGGCUGGCUACUUAAAGCAUGUCAACAUCCUCUCAGACUGUCACAAGUUUCUUGGAAAUCUUUUUUCGAAGCAAUUUCUGCUGCCUGAGUUGUGGUCUAAAAGCACGCCAAAUGGAAUUCACACUGCUUUUGCUUGUGGACCUUCACAGUUUGUAGUCAGUCAAUGUAAGCGAAUCGAAAACAAAUCGAAUCAAUGGCAUAAACAUAACAAACACUUUAUUUUGAACGACCUGUAUAAUAUACCCGAAGAAGCCAUGUCCGAGAAGCUACACGAGUCUUAUUACGGUCGGCUGAAUUCAGUUGUUAACUUGACUUUUGAUGUGAAUAGAAAAUAUUCUAAAAAUUUUGCUGAUAAUACUAGUUUUUUCAGCUGGUCACCGAUUAACGAAAACCUGUUAAAUUUUGUGCCAACUCCUUGUAAAGGGUUUUCAUACGUUUAUUGUGAGCAACCAUCUCAAAUUUCAUCGUCCUCGAAACAAAGUUUUGACAAUUCAUCACAUUUUUCAAAUUUGGAUCACAUUUUAUUGGCUGUGGCAGACGAACUGAUGGAAGAUCUCGUUAAGUUUCAUACAGAAAAAUUGGGGUUUGACCGAGUGUUAAUUUCGCGAAAUGAAACUGAAAAUAUUGGUAUGAAAGUAGAAGCAGGUUCAGGAGAAGGACUAAGGAUGAAGGCUAUGGACUUCACAAAGUGUGCUGACUUUUCGCUUCACGAAAGAAGUUUGAAGACCAAAAUUAUCAUGGCUGAUUCUCUCAAUCCAAAGGGAAAAGACCAAAUCUGCGAGUUCAUCCGUAAUAACGGAAAUCAUUCAGGAGUCCAGCAUAUAUCAUUGCACACUAAUGAUAUUGUUGCUACAUGCGAAGAUCUCAAAUUACGAGGAGUUAAAUUCCUGAAAGUGCCUGCACAAUACUACAACGAUAGAGAAUGGAGAAAUUACGUUGAUGGAAUAGGUAUAUCUGCCAAUUUAUUAGAACAGAAUAAUUUAUUGUUGGAUUUCGAAUCUGAUUCGCGUGAGCCAAGCUAUUUGUUACAAGUUUUCACCGAGCCUAUUUUCCCGAAUGAGAGAACCUUUUUCCUGGAAAUCAUUCAGAGGACGGGUGCUAUAAGAGGCUUCGGUGAGAAUAAUAUUCGAAGUUUGUGGAACGCGGUCAAAAUGUCAAAUCAAGAUAAUGAUUCGCCUGAAAUGGUUACAGCCUAUUGAAAGUUCAUUUCCAUGUGGCUAAUGUAAAUAAAAACUAAUUAUUAUCGUAGUUUAUGAAAUCGCUUUGCGAUUUUGAGGAAAUUCAAUAUAUUAUUUUCACUUGCGAAAGCAAGUGA